AUACGACCCUCGCAAAGUGGGCUGAUAACAGAAGAGACGGGAGAGUGAGAAUAAGCUGAGGCUUGACGACACCAUACUGCCGGGUAAACAAGUGAACACCACUCGUCAUGUCUCUGAAACAGGAAAUCGAAACCUGGGUGGCAGCCCUCGCCAGCUACGACAACAACGAAUUCGACGUGGCACUGAAGGUCUUCGAGCAGAUCUCCGACACAUCCAAGAUUUUGUUUAAUUGCGGCGUGAUCCAUGCUACCCUCGGCGAGCACGAGAAGGCGGUCGAAUGCUACCAGCGCGCUGUGCGUCUGGACCAGUAUCUCGCAGUCGCCUACUUCCAGCAGGGUGUGUCCAACUUCCUCAUGGGCGACUUUGAGGAGGCCCUCGCAAACUUCAACGACACUCUCUUGUACCUGCGUGGAAACAACAACAUCGACUACGAACAGCUGGGCCUAAAGUUCAAGCUCUACUCUUGCGAGGUCUUGUUCAACCGUGGUCUUUGCUACAUCUACCUCCAACAGAGGGAGGCCGGUCUGCAGGAUCUUUCCUUUGCUGCCAAGGAGAAGGUGGUUCCAGACCACGAUGUCAUUGACGAGGCCAUUCGAGAGGAAGCAGAGGGCUAUACUGUCUUCUCUAUUCCUGUUGGCAUUGUCUACCGCCCCAACGAGGCAAAAGUCAAGAACUUGAAGACAAAGGACUAUCUUGGAAAGGCUCGCCUUGUUGCCGCAUCAGACCGAUCCAACGCAUUCACCGGCUUUACCGGCGCUGAGAUUAAGAAGGGAGGCCAGGCUGCAAAGGACGACAGAACCGAAGACAAGAUUUCCUAUGCGGCAACCAACCUUGUCAAGCCAGAGCUCCAAAGCCGAGCACGCCAGCAGUCGGAACCCCCGAUGAACCGUAAUGUAUUCCCGCCUACACCGCCACCAGAGGCCGAUAGGCGAUCUGGUGAAAGGAGAUCUGCUGGAGCACGACCUGCAGCUGAUCCCAACGCCCCCAUGAGCCGCGCACAGUCUGUACGAGGUGGUGGGCCCAAGCCCCAGCCUUUGAAUCUUGGACGAGCUGCUUUCGACCAACCAGGCAGCCAAGAGCCGCCCCGCCGCCAGCCAACACAGCGCUCUGCAUCGGAGCGACCGCCACCAGCUCGCUCAGAGUCUACACGUGACCGGGGACAGCGCGAUACGCGGGAGCGAGAUACCCGCGAUCGUGACCCCCGCGAUCGUGAUCCACGCGAUCGUGAAUACAGCAGGCAGCAACAGCGCCGCCGUGGUUCUGACGAAGACAUCAUCGAUGACUACUACGAGGAUGAUGAUUAUCCACCAUCGCGUUCAAGCCGCGGCCAAUACUCCCGUACAAAGUCGACCAGAAGACCAGCGUACAUUGAAGAGGAGGAGGAAGACGACUACGAUGGCAGUGAUCUUGACGAUGCCGAGUUUGAAAUGAUGCCCCGCACCAAAUCAAGGAGACGGUCACCAGCGAGGUCCACGAGAUCCGGUGGCAGCAACCGCGGUGGAGGUAGCAAGAUCAGGGUGAAGGUUCACUCCACUGACACACGCUACGUCUUCAUCAGCUCAGACCAACUCAUUACCGAAUUCUGGCAACAAAUUCGUGAGAAGUUUGGCGUCCGAAACAAGUUCAAGCUGGAGUUCAAGGACGAUGGUGACAUGAUCACCAUGGCUGAUCAAGACGACCUGGAUAUGGCUAUCCAGGCGGCGAAGAGCAUUGCCAAGAAGGAAGGCUCCGAUGUUGCGAAGAUGGAGGUUUGGGUUAGAGAAGUAUAGACUAAAGAUACCCCAGCAUCACGCAUGUUUACGACACAUUUCCCUUUAUCAUUCUUGUAUGCCUUCUUGAUAGGGUCUGAUUGUUGUCAUCUUGAGGAUGGCCAGGUUUCUCUUGUUGCUGUAAUUCUAGCGAGGCUUAAUGCUGGGUCUUGUUUUCUGGUUUAGAUACAGAGACCUCACUUUUUGUACACUCUCAUUUUUCUUUCACAGCCGGACUGUUGAUCCGAAUUCAUAUGCAAACACAUAGGCAGACGAUUUUACUCUUAGAAAAAGCUAGACACUCUCUGUUUUCUUGGUUCGUUUGCAUAGUUACCAAUGGAGUGAUAAUUUUGAUCAAUGUCUAUUCAACUGUAUUUGUGCCG